CGACUUGAGAAAAACAACAUAGAGAAAAAAAGAAAAAUCCAAACCUUAGGGGCAAUAUUGUAACUAAACCAAACGACACUGAGUCAACAUUCUGCUUUGCUAUAAAGGCCCAAGCACAAUUUUUCAGUAACCAUGAUGAAGUGAGAAAUUCUGAAAAAUGGGAUUACCUCAAAAUAAGCUCAGUUUUUUCUGCUUCUUCUUCCUCGUCUCUGUACUAACUCUUGCCCCAUUGGCUUUCUCCGAGAUCUUCUUAGAGGAGCAUUUCGAAGGUGGAUGGAAAAGUAGGUGGGUCUUGUCUGAUUGGAAAAGAAACGAAGGCAAAGCUGGAACCUUUAAGCACACUGCCGGUAAAUGGCCCGGCGAUCCUGACAAUAAAGGUAUUCAGACUUAUAAUGAUGCCAAGCAUUAUGCGAUUUCUGCAAAGAUUCCUGAGUUUAGCAACAAAAACCGGACUCUUGUUGUCCAGUACUCAGUCAAGAUUGAACAAGACAUUGAAUGUGGUGGUGCUUACAUUAAGCUCCUGUCUGGCUAUGUUAACCAGAAGCAGUUUGGUGGUGAUACUCCAUACAGUCUAAUGUUUGGACCAGAUAUAUGCGGAACACAGACGAAGAAGCUUCAUGUUAUAGUUUCAUAUCAGGGACAGAAUUAUCCAAUCAAAAAGGAUUUGCAAUGUGAAACAGACAAAUUAAAUCAUUUCUACACAUUUAUUCUGCGUCCUGACGCUUCUUACAGCGUUCUGGUGGAUAAUAAAGAGAGAGAAUUUGGCAGUAUGUACACAGACUGGGACAUCCUUCCUCCAAGGAAGAUCAAGGUCAAGAAUGCAAAGAAGCCAGAGGACUGGGAUGAUAGAGAGUACAUCGAUGACCCCAACGAUGUCAAACCCGAGGGUUUUGAUUCUAUUCCACGUGAAAUUCCAGAUCGUAAAGCUAAAGAGCCCGAGGACUGGGACGAGGAAGAAAAUGGUCUCUGGGAACCUCCAAAGAUCCCAAAUUCUGCGUACAAAGGUCCUUGGAAAGCAAAGAGAAUCAAGAACCCGAACUACAAGGGAAAAUGGAAGAACCCAUGGAUAGAUAAUCCAGAAUUUGAAGAUGAUCCAGAUCUUUACGUUCUGAAGUCUAUCAAAUAUGCAGGCAUUGAAGUAUGGCAGGUGAAGGCUGGCUCAAUCUUUGACAAUAUAUUGAUCUGCGAUGACCCGGCAUAUGCAAGAAGCAUCGUGGAUGACUAUUUUGCCCAACACAGGGAGUCUGAGAAGGAGUUAUUUGCGGAAGCAGAGAAAGAAAGAAAAGCUAGAGAAGAUGAGGAAGCUCGGAUAGCACGGGAAGAAGGUGAACGCAGGCGGAAAGAAAGGGACCACCGGUAUGGAGACAGGAGGAGGCGUUACAAACGGCCGAAUCCACGUGAUUAUAUGGAUGAUUACCAUGACGAGCUAUGAGGCGCAGAGUGGUGGGCAUUUGGCAAAGCAUUGGGGGAAAUUAUCUAUAUUUUGCUUUGAAUGUGUGUUUGUAAUUUCAUAAUUUGUAACCUUUUGUAUUCAUAUUCUUAUAAUGUAUUUUGGCAUGAAAACUUGACUUGUUAUUUUUCCCUUCCAAUACAAAAAUUCUAAAAUUGGCAAGAA